ACCCUCUGCCACUUUGAUCUGUGAGCUCAGCGAUGGCCCUGCAGUGGAAGAGCAGCUGACAACUUCCUGGUUUGAGUCAACCUGACGGCCCACGAACACACCUGAGACUUUGCCUCACUCGCACUCUCUCACCCAAGGCCAGAUGAGACGGAGAGGCAACGAAAACACAUUUCUGAAUGGUUCCCGUUGGCUUGACAGGACCAGCUUUUUGUGAACAAGUGGCCAGCUGCCAUGAGCUUGUAAUCAAAAGGUGAGCUGACCAUGAGGCUGCUGUGGAAGUCCCUGGACAAGAUGAGGUGUUUGAGGAAGCGCUCGGCCAUCCCCUUCCUCGGCGUCCUCAUCACCCUCCUCCUCUUCCUCAACCUCUACAUUGAAGACGGAUACGUGCUGGAAGAAGAUAAGAGGCAGCUCAGGGAGACGUCGGCCCACGCCCCGAGCGCAGAGAGAUAUGUGCACACCUUCCGAGACCUCGGUAACUUCUCGGGAUCCAUCAACGUCACGUAUCGCUACCUGGCUGGGACUCCGCUCAAUCGCAAAAAGUACCUGACCAUCGGGCUGUCCUCAGUGAAGAGGAAGCGAGGGAACUACCUUAUGGAGACCAUCAAGUCCAUCUUCGACCAGUCCAGCUACGAGGAGCUGAAGGAGAUCGUGGUGGUUGUCCACCUGGCCGACUUCGACUCACUGUGGUGCGAGAACCUGCUGCAGGAAAUCAGCCGCAAGUUCUCGCACCACAUCAUCGCCGGUCGCCUACUGGUGAUCCAGGCUCCCGAGGAGUACUACCCGUCCCUAGACGGCCUGAAGAGGAACUACAACGACCCAGAGGACCGGGUGCGCUUCCGCUCCAAGCAGAACGUGGACUACGCUUUCCUGCUCAACUUCUGUACCAACCUCUCAGACUUCUACAUGAUGCUGGAGGACGACGUGCGUUGCUCUCGUAACUUCCUGACGGCGCUGAAGAAGGUGAUCGCCUCCCGGGAGGGCUCCUACUGGGUGAUGCUGGAGUUCUCCAAGCUGGGCUACAUCGGGAAGCUCUACCACGCGCGGGACUUGCCGCGCCUGGCGCACUUCCUGCUCAUGUUCUACCAGGAGAUGCCGUGCGACUGGCUGCUUAUCCACUUCCGCGGCCUGUUGGCCCAGAAGGACGUGAUUCGCUUCAAGCCGUCGCUCUUCCAGCACAUGGGCUACUACUCGUCCUACAAGGGUGCCGAGAACAAGCUGAAGGAUGACGACUUCGAGGAGGACGCGGUAGACAUUCCUGAUAACCCGCCGGCCCGCCUCUACACCAACAUCGAUGUCUUUGAGAGCUAUGAUGCCGCCAAGGCCUACAGCGCCGUGGAUGAGUACUUCUGGGGCAAGCCCCCAUCGACCGGGGACUUCUUCGUGGUGGUCUUCAACAAGUCUGCCAAGAUAAGCAGGAUCAAGAUCGCCACCGGAUCUGACGACCGACGAAACGACAUCCUGCAGCGUGGAGCUCUGGAAGUCGGUGAGAAACUGGUGGGCACCAAGAAGGGAAAGCAGUGUUCCUCGUACAUCACCGUGGGGGAGUUUAAGAAUGGCAAUAUCGAGGUCAGGGACGUCGACCACAAGAUCAGUUUUGACGUGGAGUGUGUGCGUAUCGUGGUGACGGCCAGUCAGAAGGAGUGGCUCAUAAUCAGAAGUAUAAGUUUAUGGACGACACCUCCGCCCAACCAAUGAAGAUAGCGCGCAGACUCUUAGUAUAUCAUAGGCAAAAUAUUCUAUGAUAUAUACACAUAUUUCCACUCCAAUAUAAGCAUUUUGUAUGUAUUUAUCUAUUUGGAUUGCGAAAUGUUUUUUUAUACCUGCAAGUCUCAGAUCAUCCUCCCAGUCUUGUGUUUGUUGUUAGCACGACGGUAAUGGAGAGUGGAAUGACGAGCACAAAGCAAUCGUAGCGUGGUUUUAAAGUUGUGAUUCUUACACUUUAUUGUCAAUAAAGCCCACAAAGACCAUUACCGUCAAUCAGUAAAUGCUAUGAAGCGGUACAAUGCGUUUUUUUUUCAACGUACAAAACCAGUCAGCAGAAGCUAACUUUAGCAGUCUACAACUUUACUCUGCCCCCCUUCUGGUAAAACAUCACAGGUGGACACACAAGAUCCAAAUCAAAAGCUUUUGUUUCCAAAAAAACUAUAAAGAACCGAUACCUGGUACCGGUCCGCAGCCCGGUGGUUGAGGACCACUGUAUUAGAGCACCUGUUGUAAAAACAAGAAAAAAAAGCAGACAGCAUCACUGAGUGCAUCAUUAUGUGGCCCUUCCUUUUCAUGGCGAAUCCUCAAAAUGAUCGUCAAACUUUGCUGCUGUGCUUCACCCACGUUAGAUGACGUUGGGAAAAAUAGCUCGGCCAUUCAGCGUUGCCCAUCUGUCUCGGAUAGCUGCCUCGGACUAAGGCUCAUUUGAAUCAAUUCCUUAGUCAGAACUCAUCAGAGUACAAGGCCUGGAAUUUUUUUGAACUUUGCAGACCACUUUUUCAUGCAAUUAGCCCCAAAAUGGCUGCUUCAAAUCAAAAUGGCCGACUUCUUGCUCCAUUUCAAGCAUGCAUCCUUGUUACGAGAGACAUUUCCAUCUAAUUUCGUGUCAACUGGUGAAACUGUGUCGGGGCUAAUUUUUUCUAACUUUCCAGUUCGCUUUUUUAUGGAAUUUGCCCUCAAAAUGGCUAUUCCAAAAUAAAAUGGCAACUUCCUGUUCAAGUUCAAGCAUGGGUCCUUAAGACUGUCCACCCAAUUCUGCGUCAAUCUGUGAAACUAGUGUUCGGGGGCAGAUUGUUUGUGUUUUUUUUGUGCGUUUUUUUGUUGUUGUUGUUUUUUCAAAAUUUCCAGGGGUCACAAAUGUGUGACUGAUAUUCAGCUUUAAACUGAAUAGCCAGCUUCCUAUUCAAAUCUGAGCAUGGAUCCUUGAGAUGUUUCCAUGCGUCCACUGACUUUCUGCGUUGAUCGGUCAAACUAGCUCUUUCUAACUUUCCAGGAAGCGCUACUGAGUGAGGUGUUCUAGAUCUGGACCCUUAAAAUUUAAAUUUCAUUCACUCAUAUACGCACGUGCAAAACUUGGUGAGUUUUGGGGAAUGCUGAGGCCCCCAAAAAAGGCACUCAAUAGGUAUUAAAUUCAAUUUUGCAAGGUACUGAAUUUUAUUCCAAUGCAUUAUUACAUUUACCGUAUGUAUUUCUGUAUAUAUCUUGUAAUAAAAGGGUCAGGGCGUAGUACUUAUUAGGAAGUGUAGUCUAGCACAACAGACGAAUUUAAGGUGGAGGUGGGACUGCAUCAGGGAUCAGCCCUGAGCCCCUUCCUUUUUGCAGUGGUGAUGGAUAGGCUGACAGAUGAGGUUAGACUGGAAUGCCCGUGGACCAUAAUGUUUGCAGAUGACAUUGUGAUCUGCAGUGAAAGCAGGGAGCAGGUGGAGGAACAGUUAGAAAGAUGGAGGCAUGCACUGGAAAGCAGAGGAAUGAAGAUUAGCCGAAGUAAAACAGAAUAUAUGUGCGUGAAUGAGAGGGGUGGUGGGGGAAGAGUGAGGCUACAGGGAGAAGAGAUAGCAAGGGUG